GAUGUGGAGGAAAAGGUGGAGGUUGCCAGCAUGGGAGCGGGAGCGGCUGGAUGCCACCGCCUCCCGCUCUUUCUCCUGUCGCCCACAAGCGCACGCCCCGUCUCUUCUAUAUACAGAAACUCCCGAUCAACCGCAGAGCGGCCGGCUAGUAUGUUCAUUGUUUCUCUUAGGCGAGCCCCUCGCGAAGCGCCACGCGGGCGUCUCCGUGCUCGGAUGCGCCAUCGCGAUGGUGGCCGUGGGGGGCUGCGCGCAGGGCAUCGGCCAGCUCUUCGCGGCGUUGGUGGUCGGCAUGGCGCGCAACCCUUCCAUGAAGGAGGACCUGUUCACCUACACCCUGAUCGGGAUGGGCUUCCUCGAGUUCCUCGCCAUCGUCGUGAUCCUCAUCGCGGGGCUCCUGCUGUACUCCGAGUGA